AUGAGCAACACAGACAACCACGUACACCCGCAACCACAGCCGACUGCGCGCACAAAGCCACUGGUAGAAAGCGCGAUCGAGUUUCCCGACGAGCCUCUGCUACUGCGCAUGGACAAGACAACCCACGCAUUCUACAAGACUUUGACCGAUGAGGCGGACAAAAAGAUGCUGGAGGUGGUCACACACACGGCCAAUGUCAGCCCGAUUCUGCGGCAGGCCAGCAAAAAGGACUUCAAAAAGUACGGCAACCCUGAAUACCCGACGAUUACCAGCUCGAUUAUCGACAAAUACGCCGAGCGCCAAAAGGUGCUGCUGUCGUCUGGCACCCUCGACCUGGUGUGGGGCAUCAGAUGGCUGCUGUCGUAUGUGGUGCUGAUCGACUACCCACUGCAGGGCACAGAGAUGGCGCUGGCUGAUGCAGACAUUCUCGAGGUGCUGGGAGUUGCUCAUCAGGAGCUGGUAGUCAGCAGGCAGCUAUCGACGAUGCUUCCCGGCAGCUUUAAUAGUGCAUGCAGCAUCGUAUUUGCCGGCGAGCUGAAGACCAUUCAUAUUGCGCAUGCCAACGGCAUUGCGGGUGUUGAGGAGCAGACGGAAGGGGUGGCAGUGGAUGCAGUACAAACAAUUGGUGGCAUGGUCGACCGGGAUUCAAUAUGCGUGAGCACAGCAUCAGUCGACCUGCGCAUCAUGUGCAGCAACAAUGACGACGGUAAAGUCAGCGAGUUUGAUCGCAGCAUCAUGAAGGAUACAGGGACGCCGUUUGAGCUGAAGGGAACGCUGCACCGGUUGAGCGACGGGACCCGCUAUAUCGACCAGGUGACGAUGGUGUGGCCGACGUACACGCCGCUAGACUAUGUUGAUCUGGCCCAGUUCUAG